CGACGAGGGGCUCGUGAAAUUGAUGACUUUGACGUUUAAAAACGACGACGUUUCUUUCCUCCUCUCUUUUCUUUUAAGAUCAGAAACGAAUCAAAACUCGAACCCGAUCCUAUUGACUACGUACAGGCGGCGCAGGGAGCCCUGGCAGAGCCAAUUGCAAGCAAGCAAGGUGUGAUCAGAGAAGGGAAGCAAGGUUUGAUCAGAGAAGGGAAGGGCAGCGUGAAAGAGCUGCCUCUCUAUAAAUUACAGGUACGUAGUAAGUUUCCUAGUUUCCGAGAGGGAGGGAGGGAGGAAGGAGCAACGAUGCCCGAGCAGCCUGUUACAUGUGACGAGAGUGGGACGUCGGUAUAUGUGGUCUACUUCCACCCUACUCACCUUGCCCCCAAAGACCUCAAGACCGAGUCACUUUACACAAUCCAUGCUUUCCCUGUUACCCAUCCUCCUCAUGAGCCCUUGCCACAACAGCCCGUCCUCACUCUCCGACCCCGUGAUCUCCCAAUAGAAAUGGGUUUCGGAUGCAUUGGCUCCUCAAUCUACAUGAUUGGAGGCAGUUGGUGUCUUCCUUCCCCAAGAAAAGAAGAUCCCUCUCUCGACGUCUAUAUCCUCGACACACGCCUUCUCCCCCCAGCCACCUCACAUCCCGUAGAGAACCCCCUCGCCUAUCUGCGGAAGGGGCCUAGUCUGAGAGCCCCCAAAAUUGAGCCAUUUGUCAUCUCUCUCCUUGGGAAGCUGUACGUGCUCCCAAAGUCGUUCGCUCCUUCUUCUUCUUCUGAUAAGGACGAACCACGGGCUGAAGUUUUUGACCCAUGCUCCAAUGAAUGGGUGUCCCUCCCCGAACCCGAACUCGAUCCUCAUGACUUCUGCGAACCGAGCGAUUACGAAGUGCAAUCUUGCAGUGCUAUGGGAUCUUGCAUUGUAUUGAUGCUGGGCUGCUCUCUGCAAAUCUACGAGCUGGAUUGCAACCAUCCAUGUGAAGGGUGGAAGAAGAGCUCGAGGUUUGGCUGGUUGCCGGAGGUUCAGCAAACUCGUGGGUCCGAAGUUGUGGAUGGUCUUUGGUAUCCUUGGUUUCCGUUCCCAUGGUUUCCGUUCCCAUCUCACCUCAAAGGGGCCUGUCUCAUUGCCUGCGAUCUUGCACAGGAGAACAAGGAUCGACCACCGGAACUCAUCCCAGUUCGCCAUACAGGACCCGGGAAAAUCGGCAGUAAAAUCUAUUCCGGGCAGCGCAGGGUGCUGGAUAUUGGGGGUGGGCAGGCUGUGAUUUUCUCGUGUGGUUUCAGCAAAAAUACUGAUCUAAUGACGCGUGGCUAUGGAAAGUUGCGUUUCACUUUUGACGUUGUUCGUCUGGAAAAGAAAACCAGUGCUGAUGAGAGGAAGAGAAAGCAGCGUGGUGAUCCAAAGGGACGUUGUAUCAAUUGUGUCCUGCUUGGAUCCUUCAGCUAUGUGGCUGGGGAGGUCGGCUCUGGUGGAUACCUCUACGGUUGUUUUCCCAUGUUUGACGAGGGAUUUUGGCUUCUCCCGCUCUCAGUGGUUCCCUUUCUAGGGCCUGCUCUCUAUCUCAUUCUACGGCCAUGGUUUCUCGGCAACACCGAGCUGUUGCUUCCGAACAAGAAUAGAGGAACACAAUCUGCCAACGUGAGAAAACAGGGUGCUCCCGGUUUCUUAUCUUUUUUGUUAAGACUCCACACAAAAGAAUUGCCCAUGCAACGACUCGACAGAGAUCACAGUUUGAUUGAACAUAGUGCUAAUGUUUUGGUAUUGAAGAGCAAAUUCUGUAUAUCGACAUUUCUGUAACUUAUUAUACAACCAAAUACAUACAGAAGGAAACGAAACGGUUUUAAGUGGAAAGCAGAGCAAACUAAAGGGGAACAAUCCUUGACCAGACUA